ACUAUAUAUGACACGCCUAGGAGCCACCGGAGGGGACCCCGCACCUCCUCCGUGAUCUCUCUGCUCCUGUUCCCAUCGUCUCCAUUGAUUCUCCUCUACCCUAGCUCAUCUUGAUCCUUGAGUAGACGUCCCUCCCUGUAGCUGGAAGCCGCUGUAGCUCCGGGAUAAGCGCGGCAGAUCAGAACCAGAUCACUCUGCCCUCUGCUUCGACCUGUCACCCAUCCCCUCCCUCCCUCCCGUCGAGACGUCGUCCGGCCAGCCCAGCCUGACGUCCACAGCCGCAGCAGGGCUUCGCCGCAGCCAGCCAGUCCAGCCUCGCACUCAUUGGCCGCUCAGCUCUGCCCUCUGCUCUGGUCUUUGCAUCUGUAGUCGUGCGCGCGCAAUCUUUUGUUCCAUUGCAUUUGCAUGCACCAUGCUACUACCCUAGCUUAGCUAGGGGUGUAACCGAGGAGGCAGGCGUUCAAAGCAAACGGGCGUCUCGGUUACUGCCCAAGCAAGCCAACCAAGCAGAUGCAAAUCUCAAUCUAGCUUUCGGGCCAGAUCAUCCUCCUAUAAAUCCUAGCUAGCCGCCCACCGCCCACCAUAGCUCGCUCUCCUCUCCCAAAGACCAGAGACCAGAGAAUCGUGUAGCCUGCUGCAGCCAACCAACCAGCAGCCGCUUCCUCGACACUCUAGCCCCGCUUUAAAUACCAGAGGCGCAGCCCAGGCUAGCGCUGUACUAGUAGCUUUGAGACACUCCACCAUGCUUCACCACCACUCCGGCGGCGGCACCCACCAGGACGUCGACGCUGCCACCGGAGCCAUGGCGGCCUCCACCUUCUCGCUCUUCUUCCCUCCGCCGCCCGGCAAAGGCCAGUGGUCGCCGGCGGAGGAAGCCACCUACUCCUACGACGACCACAGCACCGUCACCACCACCUCGCCUUCCUCCCCGGGAUCCUCCUCCUCCGCCGGCUCCGUCGACUGCACCCUCUCCCUCGGCACGCCCUCCUCCCGCGGCCUCGGGGCGCCCGCGCCCGCCGUUUCGUGGGAUGCCGUUGCGGACUCCUGCUACUACCAGCAUCAGCAGGGCAGGCCCGUGCACGCCGGCGUCGGCAGGUGCGCCGCCGGGCACGAGCAGAUCCUCGACCGGCGCUGCGCCAACUGCGGCACCUCGUCCACGCCGCUCUGGAGGAACGGACCUCGCGGACCCAAGUCGCUCUGCAACGCCUGCGGUAUCAGGUUCAAGAAGGAGGAGCGCCGUGCGGCCGAGACCGGCGUCCACGCCGGCGCCGGCGCCGGGUGCGGCUUCUACGGCGCGCAGCGGGCGCAUGGGUCUGCUGCAUCGGCGGCGCCCCGAGCCGCGUCGUACGCGGAGGAGCCGCAGCCGUGCGGCGACCCGAACGCGCCGUUCCUGGCGUGGCGGCUGAGCGCCGUCCCGCCGGCGCCAGCCUUCUCGGUGUGGCCGGAGCGGGCUACCAUGUACCAGUACAACUAGUAGCCAUUGGUACGUGCUGCUAGGACACCGUACGCACGCGGUUGGUGGGCGCUGCAACGUUUUUUUGGGGAUUUUGUGGUACGGUUGCACGCGCGGCGGCGGGGCUAUCCAACUAUAGUAUGCAUGUGCAGUACUACUCCACUCUGUGUUUUGUCUCAUAUUUUUACCGUUGGAUUUAGUAGGUGAUUAAUUAACGAAUUAAUUAGUGUGAUGUGCUCAACAAAUGAAGUGGCUAGUUUCUAA